AUGGCUCUCCCUUGUUGGGACAAAAUGAUGCAGCUGAGCAAAUUUAAGAACCGAGAAAUGUAUCAUGCUCUUCUGCCUGCUCAACCUGCGGUACAAUGGCAGAGAUUAGGUUUCACAAACAUUGCUAGACCAAAAGCUCAGUUUAUUAUGUGGGUCGCUUGCAAUAACAAACUCCCUUGCAAAGAAAGACUCCAUCGGUUUGGCUUACUAAGUACCAGCAAAUGCACAUUCUGCAAUGCUAUUGAAACACUGAAUCACUUGAUGUUUGAAUGCCCAGUUACUUAUGUGAUUUGGGAAUUUGUGCUUAAUUGGUUGCAACAGGGCCACUCACCUCUUAGAUGGGAAGAGGAAAUUAAAUGGGUGAUGGAGAAAUGCAAAGGAAAAGGUAGCAAAGCAACAAUCCUCAAAUGUGCAUUUACUGAAACUAUAUAUGAAACAUGGAUAUUCCGGAACAGGUGCUGUUUUGGGAGAUCAAAGGAGAGUGACAAUGUUAACAUUGGUCCGAGUAUUACUGAUUAUAUUGUCUAUAGGAGCUGGCCGAAUCAUAAACUUAAGAAGUAUGUUGCUAAGUUAAUGAUGUAA